CCCUCACUUUAUCUCUAUAUAUAUAUAUCUCUGUCUCUCUAACCUUGUUUUGAAAAACUUCUCCAUCCUAUCUAGAGUUUCCUAGAAAGAGCCAAAGACCUUCUUUUGCUCUUGUUUGUUCCCUCAUAACCCUGUUCUUGUUUUUGCUUGAGCAUCGACAUUUUCUUAUAAAAACAGUAGUGAGUUUUCUGAGAAAGUUACAAUAUUUAAGUCAAAUGGCAUCGUCGCCUUCAGAGCUGAUCAGUUACUCCAUGCUCCUCAAAUCCUUUGCGGAUCUGCAGGCGUCUCACCUCCACGACCAGCCUCAGACUCAGAAGCUUGAAGAAUUCCUCUCCCGCCUCGAAGAAGAACGUCUCAAGAUCGACGCUUUCAAGCGCGAACUCCCUCUUUCCAUGCAACUCCUCACCACUGCUGUGGAGGCUUCAAGGCAGCAGCUACAGGCGUACAGAACAAACAAUAUCCAAGGCCAAACCAGGCCAGUGCUUGAAGAAUUCAUACCCCUUAAACAUUCAACCUCUGAAGGCUCAGAAAAACCCACCAACCCUACUUCUGAUAAGGCAAACUGGAUGACCUCCGCCCAACUCUGGAGUCAAGCAACUGAUCAUAAUCCUAGUGCAACGUCCAAACCUCAAUCAACUAUAACAUCUGGCCCGAAAGAAGCCGAUAUCGGCUUCAGCGUCAGCCCCAAGCUAGGGUUAGACACCAAGCAACCUAGGUCCUACGGUGGAGGAGCAUUCCUUCCGUUUUCCAAAGACCGCAGCCCUACUUUGCGGCCUCUUCCGGAACUAGCUCUUGCCUCUCCGGAGAACAAGGCAGAGAUUAUCUUGGAGGACCAUCAUGAGAAUGGAAAUAAUAAUUCAUCAUCAGCUGCUGGGAACUGUAAUGAACAAGGUAAUAACUCGGAGGGACAAAAUGGACAAACAACUACAGCCGCCGCCGCCGCUCAAACCCAUAGAAAGGCAAGGAGGUGUUGGUCUCCGGACUUACACCGCAGAUUCGUCAAUGCCCUUCAAAUGCUUGGUGGUUCUCAAGUGGCGACCCCGAAACAGAUCAGAGAGCUGAUGAAGGUUGACGGUUUGACCAAUGAUGAAGUUAAAAGCCAUUUGCAGAAGUACAGGCUCCACACGAGACGACCAAGCCCAAGCCCCCAAGCAGGCGGAGGACCAGCGCCACAGCUGGUAGUCCUAGGCGGCAUCUGGGUGUCGCAGGAGUACGCCACUGCAGCCCACAACGGUCCCACGGCUCUUUACAGCCCGCACCCGGGCUCCCAUGCACCAACGCACUAUUGCGCCACCCCAACGCCACAAGAUUUCUACGCCACGCAGCAGCAGCUGCACCACCACACUCUCCAACACCAGCUCCACGUGUACAGGACGUCGACCGCUUCCCACACCCAGAGCUCCCCCGAGUCUGAUGGCCGAGGAGCCGGGGACAGGUCAGGGAGUAUCGAAGAAGGCAAGUCGGAUAGCAGCAGCUGGAAGGGUACUGAGAGCGGUGAUCAUGUUCACAUGAACGGCGGAGAUCAGAGAAACGGAGGAGGGUUGGCUGCGAGGAGAUCGGAAGACGGCGGGGACAGUAACGGAAGUCAGAUCACGCUCAAGUUCUGACCUUUUGAUGAUUAAUUUUCAUAGGAUAAAUAGGAGAAAGAUUAGAGCUACCCAUAUGUAUGUUCUAUGGGCUAAUCAUGUUUAAUCUAAUAUUUGUCCAUUAUUUAUGAUGUGAAAUGUGCCCAUCGGGUUAGGAUUAGAGGAGAAGUUUUUCAAUGUGUCGGAACAUGGAAUCAUAUAUUACAUGUUAUUACAGGUUUAUUUGUAUAAUGAUAUGUAAAUCACAACCCUAUGUUUUGAACACACAAGAAAUCUCUCAAGUUAGACAUUAGAAAGGGAUAAAAAG